AUUACCUAAGUAAUUUUUAGUAAGUAUCUUUUACCAUGUGGAUGCGAAAAAUCUCAUCUUUGGGUAACUUUCCAUACGCCGACGAAACCGUCGAAGGCGACGACCAUCAUGCAAGUUCCGAAGACAAUUUAACCCUUGCUGAAAACGGUCAACUGAGGCAACACCAAUCAAACCAUGUAACAUGUACACCGGUUCAAAAUAAUUUUACCAACCACCAACCAAGGGUUGCAACUCCGAUCUCCAAGCCCCAUAAUAAUAAAUCGAGAAAAAUCUCCAGAGGUCGAUUUACUAUCAGGAGGAGCAGGAAAUUGGCCACCGUCGCACCGCCUCCGGAGAUUGUGAUAACUCCGGCGACUCCUCAAGUUAAAGAUAAGGAGUUGAAGGAGACUUUUAGAGUUGUGAAUGGACAAAGGAUUGAUGAAGAAGGUGGUUCUGUGGUUGAUGGUGGUGAUGGUGGUAGUGAAAAGGUUAAGGAUAGUGCUGGUGUUGGUGAGAAAGUGAGUGUUAGUAGGGAUGUGGUCAGUGACGAUGAUGAUAGUGAGAAGAAGUGCAGGAUUGUUGUUACUCCUUGCAGCAGUUCUAACUCGGAAGCAGAAGACGAACCAGGACCUCUAGAUUCAUCAUCUAGAAAACCACUAAGGAAGAAAUCAGUUCAUCCUUUGAGAAGGAAUUCUAUAUCCUUGCCAGCCUUGGAUGGAAUUGAUCUUCAGGCACUGAGACAGGCCCAUGCCGACAAUGUCGAGGCUGCAAAACAAGUCUCAGAUUCACCGGAAAGCCCUUCACCGUUCUGCAGCAUCGAAAAUAUGACCACCGACGCCGAAGAGAUGAGGGCGAUGGCAGAUGAAGAACUUGCCAGGGCUCCUUUAAGGAUGCCAAGAAAAAAAAGUAUAUCAACAUUGGCCGAUUUGAGGAUGACUGACCAGUUAGGACUUCCAAUGGGAGAUUCCAUCGAGAAUUCCAAUCAAAAUUCCAUCACAUCCAUCAAUUCUUUGGCCAGCUUACUCCGAGAAAAAAUACAAAUGGUGCCAAAUAUAAUAAAAAAGAAGAAAAAACCAGACGUCGAUUACAAAGUUCGUGCCUUCGUCGCCAUACUAUUUCUAGUUAUUGUAUUUUUGGUAGGAUUUGCCUAUGUGAUGUACCACCAGAAAAUUUUGGCCAAAUCCUAUUUUGAAAAAGUGCAAUUUAAUAAAAUGAGGAGGUCUUUGAAGAUCUAUGAUGAUAAUGGGGAUACUAUCAUCAGUGGAGAGUUGGGUACAACCCUAAGGUCUGAUAGGGUGUUUCCUUGUCAUGCCGAGGAUAUGAACUUUUCUGAAAGGAAGAGUCCCCUAUGCCUAGAAUGGCUGCACAGUGCCCGUCUCUAUCUGGAUCGCGAAGAAGACGCUUCCAUAAUAUCCUCGCACGUCCAUUCCAUAUCCACAUCCAGUGGUUCUUCCCAAAAUUCCAACAACCCAAACCCCACACAUUCCACUUUGAAAUGCUAUGAUGUCUCCUGGGUUGCAAUUUCGCCCUACCAUUACCCUACUGAUUGUUACCAGUGGACUGGGCCGGCUCACUGGCUGGCGAAUGAUACAAGAGGCUUCAAACCAUUUAUUACUGGGAAAAACUGGGGAAAUGUUCUGAAGAGAUACUUCAUCAAUUCCAAAGGUGCAGCUAUUUUGGUAUCAGACGCGACUCCUCUGCACGUCAGCCUGGACGAUGGUAAAUUAUGUUUGAGGGCAAAACGUGAUGACUUUGCAUUUGCAGGAUCUUCUUCAGAUUAUCACAAUCCUGAUGUGGAACCAGAGCCGACUGUAUUGUCCUACAGGAUUUGCUGUGCAGCAAAUCCUAGAGAAUUGCAUUUGGCCUUGGCUGAACGCUCUUUGUGGGAUGGAUUGAAGGAAGAAGAUGUGGGUGUUAUUAAUUCUUUGCUGGCCGAACCUGUUUGGCAGAUUGCUCCUGUGAUCAAGGAAAAUCUUACUGAAGCUGCUGUCUAUAAUUAUACUGAAGCUGUGAUUGCUCAGGGAUUUUUGAAACUUGGACAUGUAUUGGUUAGUGAGCAAUGGCAAAAAAACAAUGGUGAUCUGACCCUGGACAAGGAUAGGUUUUCCACAAUGUACGAGACAGUAGAUGUUAUGCACAGACGUGGAUUUCGAGUUCUGUUUGCUGUACAGCCUUUUAUCAGUACAGAAAGUUCAAGUUUUUCUGAAUGCUUGCAAGCUGGAUACUUUGUUGGUGAACGUGGUGCAGCCCACGACAUUCCUGCCUUGAUUCGAUAUGGAUCUGCCCAAAGUGCAGGCGUUUUGGACGCAACUUCUCCUCAAGCAGUUAAAUGGUUUACGGAUAAACUGUACAGUGUUUUAGAUACUUACAAAAUUGACGGUUUCUAUCUGGAUUACGGAACCGCCGAAGAUAUGCCGCCCCAUUACAAAUUCAAGGACCCCUUAGCCGACCCUGAUGACUACAAAACCCUAUUGGUAGAACGUGGUGCUGAAAGUAGAUUUGCAGCAGUCACUGGAGCCAUAAGGGCACCCAAACCGCCAAUAUUUGUUGCCCUUCCGGAUCUGAAAGGGACUUGGGAGGAUCUGAGGAAAGUCUUACCGGCUGUCCUAAGUUACGGAGUCAUUGGUUACCAGUUUUUGAUUCCUGGGGUGGUAGGUGGUAACACAGGUUUGCCAGAGAAGGAGCUUUAUAUACGAUGGUUGCAGUUGGCGACUUUUUUACCAGUCGUCAAGUUUGCACAACUUCCAGAGGACUUUAAGGAUCCACAGGUUUUAGAAAUUGUUCGUACCUUAACGGCAUUGCGUCAGAAAGUAGUCACUCCGCUCCUGAAAAAAUACUCAAGGGAAGCUUUGGACGUUGGUUUGCCCUUGGUGAGACCCUUAUGGUUACUGGAACCAAAGGAUGCUGCUUGUUUGACUUUAACUGAUGAAUUUUCUGUCGGAGAAGAAUUGAUUGUUGCUCCGAUAUUGGAUAAGAGAGCUACUUUGAGAGAAGUUUACCUUCCUGCUGGUGUCUGGAAGGAUGGAAUAGAUGGUUCCUUAAGAAAAGGCAGUAGAUGGAUUCAUGGUUAUAGAGUUCCUUUGGACCAGGUUGCAUAUUUUAUGAGGAUGCCGGAUAAUACUAGAUUUUAAUGGAAUUUUUUGUUUAUUGGAAUGCCAGAUAUAUGAAAACUUUUCAGGAC